AGCCAAUCACGUUCAAUUGCUCACAAAACAGUGAGUUGUUCUGCUGAAACGUAGCGUUCGGCUAGCUUUUCAGCUACGUACACAAGGCGACACUGUGCAACACAGUGUCCACUAGCGUGAGUGAGACACAAUGAUAUGCUCUUUCUCACACUAAUGGACAUUUGUGUCACACAAAUGUCGCCUGUGCGCGUAGCCGGAGAAAGCUCCCUUUAUAUUCGAGAUUGCCUCAAGUCUAUAAUCUUCAGAUAAAACAUCGGACUUGAUGAAUAUCCGCCUUGAAAGCCGCGAGGAGGUAGAUUGAACCACGGCGGCGCGUGGUGCGGCUUUUUGCGAGAACGGCAGCGCAAUCUGACGUCACUGAACACGGUCAACACACUUGACUCUCCGCUUCGUCCCUGCCGUCCCUCGUGGUCUCUCCGCGUUUCAUCGUUGCCAAUUGUCGUCUCACGGGCCGCAGCCACUUCCGUAGCACAGCUUGCGAUAGUUGCGAUGAGUUUAGUUUCGAAAACAAGGGACCACCCGGCUGUCGUGUCCGUCGUUGUUGCACGUCGCGGUCGUCAUCGCGCGUCUCGAAUAUAAGAUAAUCGACGCAUAGCGAAGACGGUAGACGAGAGAAAUUUGAUGUUGGUGUUUUGGAAUGUGUGUUGUGUACAAUUUAGCCCGUCUAACCACUUUGGUUCUCAGCCGUUUUGCACGCCCGUCUUGCGUCCGCUCCUCUAUUUCUCUUUAGAACACAUGCACACAUAACAUACAUAUACAUACAUGUAUAUAUACACGUAGAGAGCACACGGAUACGUACAUGUAUGUAUAUAUAUGUGUGUGUAUAUAUAUAUAUAUCUCACUGUUUUCUCUCUCCGUUCCCACCUCUCAAGCCUCGCCGCUUAUUAUCGUUGAGAAAAAACGUGACCGAGGCAAAAAAAUGGACGCUCUUCGGGAGCAGGUGAUGAUCAAUCAGUUCGUGUUGGCCGCGGGCUGUGCCAGGGAUCAGGCGAAGCAAUUGCUGCAAUCGGCGCAUUGGCAAUUCGAGAUUACACCGUGCAACACACCAGCCACUCCGCCGAACUUUCCGGACGCCCUUUUGGCAUUUUCGAAAAUGUCAGCCGGUGAAAAAACUCCAUCGGGCAUGUCUCCGAAUCAAAACGGAGUACAAACGACAGGACUUACGGCGGGUGUCGCUCAGCAUCUUGCCGCGGGCGGCCGGUGCAGCAGCAGCGCGUCCGGCAAUACACAAACGAUGCAACAACAGACGCAGCCACAACAGACGCAAUUCGGUCUGGGCGAGCCGCAGAGAUAAAAGUGACUGUGCUAGUCGACACAACAAACGCGCGAACGCGAAAUAAAGAUUGCGCGCAAUAAAUGUCUCCGUAGUAACAGUAAAUAUACGCUCCGAGAAGAUGCGGAACGAGAAGAGACACAGGGAGAAGAGAAAACGUGUACAAGGGAAGAAGGGAGGAGAAACCUUCUUUCCUUUUUUUGAGAAAACGUAUGUCUCCCGUAAAAAAAGUGAUGAAUGACGGAAGAGAAACUGCGAAUGAAGUCGCAGUUUACACACACACGAGAGGAAUAUCUUUACAGAGAGUUGAACUAGAUCGCUAUUGAAUAUAGCCACGUUAUCCACGCGCACACACACACACACACACACAUACACUCAUAUACGUACACACGUACAUUAUAUUAGGGACAUAAGUAUGCUGUGUUUAUCGUACGAAUGCGUGAAUGAACCCAAGUGUCGAUUUCCUCAACGACGCCCGUUUAGUGUGAUAUCUCUCGAUUGCUGAAAAAUUUCCUUAUUGGUUUUUUCGGAAAAAUUCGGCAGAAAAUCGACGUCUUUGAAUAGUCUAACUGUUGUGUAUAUAUAUACAUAUAUAUAUAUGUGUGUGUGUGUGUGUAUAUAUAUAUAUAUGUAUAUGGUCGAUAGAAAAAUGCGAAAUGAAGGAGAAGAGGUGAGAAUCAUUCAGACAAACGGGAAAACACAAAUUUUCUUUCCUUUUCUCUGACGCACCGGGACCAUACUGUUGUAAGUCCGAAAAACGAUCAGACGUUAAAGGAUUCUAAAACAAUGACGUGAAAACAGCUCCGAUUCGAUAUUUCCCCUCAGUCUUGUGCAUCGUAUAGAUACGCGGCGUUUUCUCUAGGAUUCACCGAAUACCAUUUAGUAGACUAGACUCUCAUUGUCGCUCUUUCACGCUCUACAGUACAAAACAAGAGGAAGAAGAAUACAAUUAUCUCAAUUUUGUCGUAAACUUACUUAGAAAAAAAAAAAAAGCUUACGUCGCGCGCAUGUCUUCGCGAAAAACGACGCGAAACACCUCGUAUUUUCAACGUACUAUAUGGAGAAACAAAAAGCGCGUACGCUUUGGACGCUUAUGCGUCCUUUAAGCAUCAGUUUGUUUUCCUCGUUCUUUAAAUGUAGAACAAAGACAGAUUGACGCUCAAAGCGCGUAAGCGUCCAAAGCGAACGCGCUCACUUAAAGUAACAUUGCAUGACGAAUAUAUUUAUUUAACGAUAGAAAUUUCAAUAAUCCUCUGUUGAAAUAGCAAUGCUUGCAGUAUGUGUUGUUCACGCGAACACCGAUGUGUUUUCUUUCCGCAUAGGACACACAAAUAUAAGCCGUACCUAUAUAUAUAUUUCAAUGAUAUAUAUAUAUAUAUAUAAAUUACCUAUACGCAAGGUUAAGAGAA